UUAAGGAAACCUCUGAUUGAGCGGAAGCGAAGGGAAAGGAUUAAUAACUGCUUGGACCAGCUGAAGGAGACCGUUGUGGGCGUGUUUCACCUGGAUUCUAAACUGGAAAAAGCAGACAUCCUCGAAAUGACAGUGAAGCACCUCCAGAACAUCCAGAACAGCAAGCUGAUGGCCGACUCCAAACUGGGGCUCGAAGCACAGCAGAGGUACAGCACGGGGUACAUCCAGUGCAUGCACGAGGUGCACAACCUCCUCCUCACCUGCGAGUGGAUGGACAAGACCCUCGGAGCAAAAAAGCUGAAAUCCUUACCCAGGUCUGGCGAAGACACCGGCAAAGCGGCAUUAAGGUCUUCCAGCCCAUCUCAGCAGCUUCCCUCGAUGCCAAAAAGCCCCCUGAGCCCUAAGGGGAGAACGCGGGGCACAAACCUGGCACAGGAGCGCUUCUACCCGGCGGAGAACAAGCAGGCUUCCAAGAAUUCCUUCCAGCUGCCGCAGCUGUCAGUUUUCAGCCAGGUUGAUGCUGCACCUCCCAGACAGGUCCUGCAGCCAAAUUUUUCCCAUAACAACCCAAGAAUGGGGUCGUUAGAUAUGUGGAGACCGUGGUAA